GACAUGGAGAGACACAGUGGGACAUUAGAACAUUGGGACACAGUGGGAGCUGGUGGCACCCCGGCGGUGACAGCGGUGUCCCCACAGGAGUUCAGCCAGGUCCUGUGGCGCCGGCACGGCCGCGCUGUGUCCGUGUGGGAGCGGCUGGAGUUCCUCAACGGGUGGUACCUGCUGCUGGUCACCAGCGACCUCCUGACCGUGCUGGGCACCGUCCUCAAGAUUGGCAUCGAGGCCAAGAACUUCUCAGACUACGACGUGUGCAGCAUCCUGCUGGGGACAUCCACGCUGCUCAUCUGGGCCGGUGUCAUCCGGUACCAGACCUUCUUCCAGAAAUACGUGACUGACACUGGGGACACCUGGGGACAGCUGGGAACACCUGGGACACAUCUGGGGACACCUGGGGACAUGGACAGAGUUAAAUCCCAUUUUUCCUGCCCAAAAUCCUCUUUGUGACACUUGGGGUGGGGACAGUUCCCAUUUCCCCUCCCCAAAUCCCCAUUUCCCCUCCCCAAAUCCCCAUUUCCCCUCCC